CUGGAGAUGGCCCGACGGAGCGGCCCAGCCCUUCCCUUCCGCCAGAAGCGCCCUUCACCCUCCCGUACCCCUGAGGAGCGGGAGUGGCGGACCCAGCAGCGCUACUUGAAGGUGUUGAGGGAAGUAAAGGAGGAGUGUGGCGACACGGACCUGUCAUCUGAUGAAGAGGCCACGUUGGAUUUACAAGAAAAAUUUUCUUUUGAAGAUCUCAGCUCAUGGCUUCCGAGCUCUCCAGCGCGUUCUCCUAGCCCUGCGGUGCCCCUGAGGGUGGUGCCCACGCUUUCAACCACGGAUAUGAAAACUGCAGAUAAAAUAGAACUGGGGGACAGUGACCUGAAGAUAAUGUUAAAGAAGCACCAUGAGAAGCGGAAACAUCAACCAGAUCAUCCGGACCUUUUGACAGGGGACCUGACUCUCAGUGACAUCAUGACUCGAGUAAAUGCCGGCAGGAAGGGCUCUCUAGCAGCCCUGUAUGACUUGGCUGUCCUUAAAAAAAAGGUUAAGGAAAAAGAGGAGAAGAAGAAGAAGAAAAUAAAACUGAUCAAAUCAGAGGCAGAGGAUUUGGCUGAACCCUUAAGCAGCGCUGACGGGAUCCCGCCUCUCUCCCAGGCCCCUUCUCCGCUGGCUAUACCUGCUAUCAAGGAGGAGCCUCUUGAAGACCUCAAACCUUGCCUUGGAAUCAAUGAAAUAUCUUCCAGUUUCUUCUCUCUUCUAUUAGAGAUCUUGCUGCUAGAGGGGCAGGCUAGCCUUCCUAUGCUGGAGGAACGGGUUUUGGAUUGGCAGUCCUCUCCAGCCAGCUCCCUCAAUAGCUGGUUCUCUGCCGCCCCCAACUGGGCAGAGUUGGUGUUACCAGCCCUGCAAUAUCUUGCUGGGGAAAGUCGUGCCAUACCUUCCAGUUUCUCAGCAUUUGUUGAAUUCAAAGAGAAAACCCAGCAGUGGAAAUUGCUUGGUGAGUAAUUCAUACUGCCCACUCGUAGAGGUGGGUUUUCACUGUCUUGCAUCCUCUGCUCAGCUGCUCUUGCCUUCUAGUCCACACAGCCUAGUAGGAUAUUGAGAACAGCAAUAUUAAGUCUUAUGUUGCUCAGUUAAAAAGAUCCUUUGUGACCCCUUUGGUAUCUCAGGGUCUAAGUUUCACCCCUCCACUGGAUUUUGGCUCCCCCAAGCUGGGGUGGGAUGGCCCUUCUAGGACGAUGGAUUUAAAUUCAUGGGGGUAUUUUGCAGUAGGACCCAUCGUCGUAUUAAUCGUGCCUGUGGGGGCACCUGGGUG